UGGAGGACCCUAUGUAGGUUCCAAGCUAGCGGGUAACGGAGAAGAUGGCUGCAGCGGGGAUUUUCAGGCCAGUGUCUGAAAACACAUCGCUGUGUGCCAUGUUUCUGGACCGCCUGGAUUCAUGUUGCCCUUUAAUGUAACAGUUUCUUUAAGGACUCGAGGAGGAUAAACAUGGGAUCUCAAACACUACAAAUAUUGAGACAGGGGGUCUGGGCUUCAAUUACUGGUGGGUGGUAUUACGACCCCCAUCAAAAUACAUUUGUCAAUGCCUUACAUCUGUACAUAUGGCUAUUCUUACUGUGUUUCCCCUUUACGCUCUACAUGGCCCUGCCGCCCACCAUGGUCAUCGUGGGCAUCUACUGUGGGGUGAUUGCCGGCAUGUUCCUGUUGCUGAAGACGGUCAACUACCGGCUGCAUCACGCGCUGGACGAGGGCGAGGUGGUGGAGCGGCGUGCUCGAGGGGCCCAAGGCCGGACGCACGGGCCCGACGGCCAUCAGCAGGGCGGCGCCACUCGCCAGGAGGACAGCAAUGGCCCUGGGGACCCUGGAGGGGGUAUAGAGAUGGCAGACUUUGUCAGAGAGGAAACACCGCCUGUGGACUGCAGCUCAAGAAACUCUUAUGUAGUGGUGGACUCCAACCACCAGAUUGUGUCAGCCCACGGGGGACCAGCCACAGCCAAAGGGAAGAUCUCAGAUGAUAUCAGCUUCAGUCUGGCUCAGAGCUGCAGUCAAGACCAAGAUCUGAUGUCGGACCCAAAGAUGUACUGCCUGGUCUCCAACGGCUCCUUCUCUUCCAUGCAGCCCUCCACGUCCCUGUGUCCGGCCGACCUGGUCCGCGACGUCUCGUCCGACCCUUCCAGUGCCACCUCGCGCCACCCCUUCUCCCAGUCACUGUCGUCCUGCGACACGGAGCUGGCCACCUCACAUCCCCACGCUCACCAUCACCACCACCACCACCACCAUCAGCACCCGCACCAACACCACCACCCUCCGUCCGUGUCCUCCCAGUCGUUUCGGAAGGAUUCGCGGCCCCGGCUCCCCCGGACGUCCAGCUCGGCCGGCUCAGCCUUCCUGGCGCCGGACGCCUCCCUGCCCGACCCGUUUGGGCUGUACCCACCUACUCACCGAGGGGGGCUGGACCCGGUUCGGGAGAUGGAGGGGGGCGUUCGGGUGGGCGUGGCCCGAGCGACGGGGCUAGGGGGAGGAGGGGAGGUGGACCUGUCGGCGGUUGCGGUGCCGUCCACCUCGCGCGUGUCGGACUGCUGCCGGCACCAGGACCGGCGCUGGCUGGCCCGCUCGGUGUCCCGCGAGGCUGGCGAGGGCGUGUCGUCGGGGCCGGGCCCGAGCGGACUGUACCGGGGCGGCGACGGGGCUUGCGGGUGCGCGUGCUCGUCGGGCAGCAAGCGCAGCGCCGACAGCCUGCGGAGUCUGAGCACGCGCAGCAGCGGCUCCACCGAGAGCUACUGCAGCGGCACGGAGCGCGACAGCAACAGCACGGUCAGCAGCUUCCACAGCGAGCGCACUAGCUCCACGCACGUGGAGAGCCUGCUCUCCCUGGCGGCCGCCGCCGCCACCACCACCACCACCACCGACGGACACGGUCACGUGCAUGGCCACGGGCGCACCAGCAGCCUGGGCAGCGGCAGCUCCAGCUCGCGGAACCUAGCCAGCCUGGCAUCGGCGUCGGGCGAAGCCAACAAGAACCCACACGCCAACCAGCUCGUCCGCGGCAGUACGCCGGCGGCUGACGGCAACAACACCGCCGACACAGACUCCUCGUCCGCCACUGGCGCCGCCUCCUCCUCCGGAGAGCACCGUCUCGCCCUCCUGCGGCUGCCAGCAGGACGAGCCUGGCACGGCAGUGGGCGCCAGGACCAGCGCCGACGGAGCAGCUGGCACCCAGGAUUCCGUGGCAGAGCUGAGCAGGACGAGGACGCCGGCGACAACCGGCAGCAGCGGCCAGCGGCCCAGCGGGGGGCGACCUCCACCGCCUCCUCGGCCGCCAGCCGGAGCCACAGCAGCAGCGGCGCUCCGGGCAGCCGGCCCCGACGCCACGGCAGCAAGAAGCGGGCCAGCAGCUUUGACGCCAGCCGCCACCGUGACUACGCCAACCUGCGUGGACUGGCCAAGCCCCACAGCGCCGUCUUCAGCGGUGGAGGGGACGCCGGGGAGGGGGCCGCGGGGAACGGCGCGGGGCUCGGGGCGGGCGGAGAGGAGGAUUCGAGUGACCAGAGCGAGCUGAGCUGCGGCUCCAGUCUGCACUCGUCCCACCAGCUGAGCACCGACUCGUCCUCGUCCUCCUCGCGCACGUCCCGCUCGGCCCGCGCCUCUCCCGAGGGACGCUAUGCCGCGCUGAAGGCCCGGCACGCACGGCCGCACGGCAAACUCGGCGAUGUUUUCGCCGGCGAGUCCGCCACCGGCAUCGCCGGCCGCGAGAGAGAACGAGAACGGGAGCGGGCGGGCAAGCGACGUGCCUCCCGACGGACUCCCAGCACGGGCAGCGCCAAGACGCACGCCCGCGUGCUCAGCCUGGACAGCGGUACGGCCGCCGCCUGCCUUAACGAGCUCAACGAGCUUAACGAGCUCAACGAGCCCCAGCGGUUGGGGGCCCCCUGCGGCGCCGGGGGCCCGCGGCCCCUCACCACCUCCAAAUCAGACCUGGAGGCCAAGGAAGGGGAGGUGCUGGACGCGGUGAGCCUCAUGGGUCGGGCCUCACAGCUGGAGUCCGUCACGCGCUCCCGCAACAGCCUUCCCCCACACACCCUUGUCGGAGUGGAGGGCCUCGAGGCCGCCAUCAGGGCAGCGCCCGGCAGCGAGGAGGCCGUAACAUUCCGGCGUGAGCGUAGCACGUUCCGUCGGCAGGCCGUGCGGCGGCGCCACAACGCGGGGAGUAACCCCACCCCUCCCGCCUCCCUCAUCGGAUCCCCCCUCAGUCUCCAGGAGGCUCUCAGCCAGGCCUCCCAGCCAUCUACUUCCCAGGUGAGAAGUCAGCCUUCCCGCACCCCGUCCCAGGUGACUGUGUUGAGCGCGAGCGCCUCCCUGCUGGCCAGGAACGGAAGCGCGCAGCUGGAAUGUUCUCAGGACAAGGCCUCCACGGCAGGCAACACCAGCCUUCAGGACGAGUUCGGAAAGCUCACCCCUCCUCUCUAUGAGGUCGGGGGCUGUGACAUGUCCCUGGUGAACUUUGAACCUGCCACCCGUAGAGCCUCCAACAACAUUUGGGAAACAGAUUCUCACCUCUCUAGUUCUACCUCAGUGCGCUUCUACCCCCAUGACCUGAUCCGUCUGAACCGGCUGCUAACGAUGGACCCAGAGCUGCUGGAGCAGCAGGAUGUUGACCUGAGUCCUGAGCUGCAGGAGGCCCCUCUGGGCACGCUCGACCCGGCUACGGCAGCCCAUAAGGCCAAACAGUACUACCGCUUCUGGCUGCUGCCACACCUGUGGGUCGGCCUGCAUUUCGACCGCCUCACACUGCUCGCGCUGUUUGACAGGAACCGAGAGGUCCUGGAGAACAUUCUAGCGGUGGUGCUGGCGGUUCUUGUGGCCUUUCUGGGUUCUCUGCUUCUGGUCCAGGGGUUCUUCACAGACAUUUGGGUUUUUCAGUUCUGCCUCGUCAUUGCUAGCUGCCAGUACUCUCUGCUGAAGAGUGUUCAGCCAGAUUCUUCCUCACCUCGCCAUGGCCAUAACCGCAUCAUAGCGUACAGCCGGCCCGUGUACUUCUGCAUGUGCUGCGCCCUCAUCUGGCUGCUGCACUACGGGAGCGAGUGGUGGGGUCCCUCACGCUUUACCCUCUACGGCGUGGUCAUCACCAGCUCCCUGCUGCUCGCCUCUGCACGAGACCUCGUCAUAGUCUUCACGUUGUGUUUUCCCGUCAUCUUCUUUGUGGGGCUGCUACCACAGGUCAACACUUUUGUCAUGUACCUGUUUGAGCAGCUGGACAUCCACAUCUUCGGUGGAAAUGCAUGCACCAGUCUGCUGUCUUCUCUCUACAGUGUUCUGCGAAGCCUCCUCACUGUAGCGAUGCUCUAUGGCCUCUGCUAUGGUGCUCUGAAGGAGUCGUGGGAUGCGGAGCACAUCCCUGUGCUGUUUUCUGUGUUCUGUGGCCUGAUGGUGGCCGUGUCCUACCACCUGAGUCGCCAGAGCAGCGACCCCUGCGUCCUCAUAUCUCUGGUCCAGUCUAAGGUCUUCCCCAACCUAAAGGAGAAGAACCCAGAGGACCCUCUGUCCGAGGUGCACGACCCACUGCCUGAGAAACUACGCAACUCAGUGAAUGAGCGUCUACAGUCGGAUCUGAUUGUGUGCAUCCUCAUCGCUGUGCUCUACUUUGCCAUCCACGUCAGCACGGUGUUCAUCGCCCUGCAGCCCUUUCUGAGUUAUGUGUUGUAUGGGCUACUGGGGGCGGUGGGGGUGUUGACCCACUACCUGCUGCCGCAGCUCCGCAAGCAGCUGCCCUGGUACUGCUUCUCCCACCCACUGCUCAAGACCCGCGAGUACUACCAGUUUGAAGUCAGAGGUGCAGCCCAUGUGAUGUGGUUCGAGCGUCUGCACGUGUGGCUGCUGUUUGUAGAGAAGAACGUGCUUUACCCCCUUGUCAUCCUCAACGAGCUCAGUGGCAGUGCCAAGCAGCUGGCCAAGAAACUCAACACCGAGCUGGCUGCUCUGGUCAUCACAGUGGCGGGCCUGAAGCUUCUGCGCUCGUCCUUCAGCAGCCCCACGCACCAGUACGUCACCGUGCUCUUCACCGUCCUCUUCUUCACCUUUGACUACCAGCACCUGUCCGAGACCCUGUUGCUUGACCUCUUCCUCAUGUCCAUCAUCUUCAGCAAGCUGUGGGAGUUGUUUUAUAAGCUGAGGUUUGUGUACACCUACAUCGCUCCGUGGCAGAUCACAUGGGGUUCAGCCUUCCACGCCUUCGCUCAGCCUUUCGCUGUUCCACACUCUGCCAUGCUGUUUGUGCAGGCCAUUGUGUCGGCCAUCUUCUCCACUCCCCUCAACCCCUUCCUGGGCAGCGCCAUCUUCAUCACCUCUUAUGUCCGACCUGUCAAGUUCUGGGAGAGGGAUUACAACACGAAGAGAGUUGACCACUCUAACACACGCUUGGCCUCCCAGCUGGAUAGGAACCCAGGCUCGGACGACAACAACCUGAACUCCAUCUUCUACGAGCACCUGACGCGCUCGCUGCAGCACUCACUGUGCGGAGACCUGCUGCUGGGCCGCUGGGGCAGCUACACCACGGGCGACUGCUUCAUCCUGGCCUCCGACUACCUCAACGCCCUGGUGCACCUGGUGGAGAUCGGCAACGGCCUCGUCACCUUCCAGCUCCGCGGCCUGGAGUUCAGAGGUACGUAUUGCCAGCAGCGUGAGGUGGAGGCCAUCACAGAGGGCGUGGAGGAGGACGAGGGCUGCUGCUGCUGUGAGCCGGGCCACCUGCCGCACCUGCUGUCCUUCAACACGGCGUUCGGUCAGCGCUGGCUGGCCUGGGAGGUGCUGCUCACCAAGUACGUGCUGGAGGGCUACAGCAUCACUGACAACAGCGCCGCCUCCAUGCUGCAGGUGUUCGACCUGCGCCGCAUCCUCACCACCUACUACGUCAAGGGCAUCAUCUACUACGUGAUGGCCUCUCCUAAGCUGGAGGACUGGCUGGCCAACGAGGCCAUGCGUGAGGGCCUGCGCGCCUGCGGAGAGCGCCACUAUGUGGACCUGGACCCCACCUUCAACCCCAACAUCGAUGAGGACUACGACCACCGGCUGGCCGGCAUCUCACGCGACAGCUUCUGCGGGACCUACCUCAGCUGGAUCCAGUACUGCAACUCACGCAGGACCAAGCCUCUGGAGAGUGAGAAGGACUCGUCUCUGGUGCUGCUUUGUUUUGGCUUGUGUGUGCUGGGCCGUAGAGCACUGGGUACUGCAGCUCACCAUAUGUCCAGUAACUUGGAGUCGUUUCUGUACGGGCUGCACGCCCUGUUUAAGGGCGACUUCCGCAUCUCUUCGGUGAGGGACGAGUGGAUCUUUGCAGACAUGGAGCUCCUCAGGAAGGUGGUGGUCCCGGCCAUCCGCAUGUCACUCAAACUACACCAGUGUGGCACCAACGAGUACAAGAUCAUCAUGCUCAAUCGCCGAUAUCUCAGCUUCAGGGUCAUCAAGGUCAAUAAGGAGUGUGUGCGUGGGCUGUGGGCAGGGCAACAGCAGGAGCUGGUGUUCUUGCGGAACCGCAACCCAGAGCGCGGAAGCAUCCAGAACGCCAAGCAGGCUCUACGCAACAUGAUCAACUCGUCCUGCGAUCAGCCAAUCGGAUACCCCAUCUACGUGUCGCCCCUGACAACCUCCUACUGCAACAGCCACGCCCAGCUGGGCCACAUCCUGGGCGGACCCAUCAGCUUCGGCAACAUCCGCAACUUCAUCGUCAGCACAUGGCACAGGCUGCGUAAGGGCUGCGGUGCUGGCUGUAAUAGCGGGGGGAACAUUGAGGACUCGGACGCGGGGGGGUUAUCAUGUGGCAGUGGGAAUGGGGGAGUCAGUGACUCGCAGCAGAGCUCCGUCUCUCAGGGGGGACUCUCGGGUCGGCCCCCCCCCUCCUACCAGCCCCACUCCAUUGGCACCAGUCACAGUUCCCAGUCAGUCCAGUCCGGUCUGGUGCGCCACUCCCCGGCUCGCGCCUCCGUGGCCAGCCAGUCGUCGUCCUGUCGCUACGGCAGCAGCCGGCACUCAUCGUUGCGCACGUCGGCCACGGGCCUGGAGCCAUGCCGGCGCUCGUCCAGCAGCCAGCUCUCGCUGCGCACGCUGCCCACCUCCCUGCAGCUGCGGCUGGGCAGCGGCGGCCCUGCAGGCCCCUGCGUGGAGCCCCUUCCGCCCGGAGGGCCCUCGGGGUCCCUGUCCAGCCACAGCAUCCCGGCCUGCAAGCGGCACACGCUGGUGGGGCUCCUGGGCAGCGAGGGGCUGGGCGCCGCCCUGGGGGAGCCUCCCACCACCAACACCACCACCACCACCGCCACCAUGCUGAGCGCCGUGGGCCACACACACUACCACCCGCACAUGAUGCACGCGCCACACACACACCACCCCACGCUCGGGUGCCUGCGGCGGGAGGACAUCUCCUACCGAGUGCAGAUAGUGGAUGUGAGUCAGGUGCUGGAGGUGAUUAACAUGUCCAAGCGGAAGGAGCUGCAGUGGCCAGAUGAGUGUGUGAGGCUGCGCUCGGGACGUAACUACUGGAGAGACUGGAGCCCCCGCGAGGGUAUGGAGGGACAUGUAAUACACCGGUGGGUGCCUUGCAGCCGCGACUUGGCCACGCGCUCCCACAUGGACAGGGCCAUCCUGCUGGUUCAGGUGGAGGAUAAACUGGUUCCCAUUAUAGAGAUGGGGGUCAUCGAGCUGGGUGCCGAGGUCUGACCUUUGACCUCUCCACAGAGGGCAAAGUUCAACUUGGGUCCUUACCCUAACAACAAACCCUUUCAACAGUCCCCACAGUGGGACCAGAAGCCAGGGAAAAGUGCAAGUUCAAAGGCAGAUCAUGUGUACACACACACACACACACACACACACACACACACACACACACACACACAUAUGCGUUAACACACACAGACGGAAACCUGCCUUCUUGCGUGUGUCACACCAAUAUGCUGCAUGAGGGAUUGACUCCCAUCAGAACUUUCCUUAAGUUGAACAUUGCUGGGUUUUCUUUUUUCUAUGCAUCAAAUUAUGAUUAUGGCAACGAUGUUGACGACAGUGACAAUAAUGAUGUUUAGCGCAAGUCACUCAAAGAUUCAUGCCUUCAUACAUGCACAUACACACACACACACACACAUACAUACACAUACACAUACAUACAUACAUACAUAUAUACACACACAUAUUUAUGCAUACAUUUAUACACACAUACAAGUACAUGCACAAUAUGCACAAACUGUUCAUACACAAGCACAACUCAAAGAUCCGUAAUCUGGUAUAGGCACACACUCAAAAACAGACCUUCAAGUGUAUAGUAUGAACACGUCCACAUACGUACACUUACACACUCAAAAACAGACCUUCAAGUGUAUAGUAUGGACACGUCCACACACAUACACCUACACACUCAAAAACAGACCUUCAAGUGUAUAUUAUGGACACGUCCACACACAUACACUUACACACUCAAAAACAGACCUUCAAGUGUAUAGUAUGGACACGUCCACAGAUGUACACUUACACACUCAAAAACAGACCUUCAAGUGUAUAUUAUGGACACGUCCACAUACGUACACUUACACAAACAAAGACUCUAUUAGUGGUGGUUAGGAAUGGGCAAACCGUUAAGGGUUACACAAGACCUAAGUGUUUGUUUGUUUUGUUCUUUUUGUUUGUUUGUUUGUUUAUUUGUUUUUGUAUAAUUUGUAAGAAAUCUUUUGCCAAAAAAGCCUGGCAUUCGCCACAUGUGUGAGGCUUGCUGCCAAGAGGGAGGACACUAACGGCCCUUAGCCAAUCAGACCACUGAAUGGGCUACAGCCUAUCAGGACUCAGAACACAGAACAAGCUGUGGUCAGUCAGUAGACUGACAGAGCCUUCAACCAAUCAGGACACUGAAGUGGCCAUUGAAGUCAAAGGGCCGUAGCCAAUCCAGAGACCAGGAACAACCCCUUCAGUGCACUGAUUGGAUGGGUUUGGAGGCCUGUAGCCAGACUGAGAGGCUACAGCAAGUCAAGAGCCUGAGCAGUAGUGGCUCUUUGCCGUCUGACAAGUUACAGCCAACCGGGUCACCAAAGAGCUGUAGCCAAUCAGGAACCUGAAGGGACUCUAGCCAAUCAGAGGUUCAGGAUCAGUAGGUGCUGCACUCUAUUUUUUUCCACUACACCUCUCUGGUCUAACUCCACUCCUGGGGCAGCUUGCCCUGCACGUCACCCUUCAUGGCAAAACCCUUCUAAGAGGGCGUUAGGUGCAUUUAUAUGAUGCAGGGCCAGCACAGUAAAGGCCCUGACUCUGCAGAGGGCAGAACAGAUUUCCCAGGGCCCACUACUGAGGGGGAGUCACUCAUAGGCACGUCCGUUUAUGCGGCGUCAAGUCAGGUGGGUAGGGUCACUGAAGCGUCAUGUCAGGUGGGGAGGGUCACUAGUGCCAUGUCAGGUCGGUAGAGUCACUGAAGACACAGCACGUUUCUCAGCUGUUUUGCAGUGUUUAACAAUGCAGUGCAAAUCGCUUUAUUGUCAGGAGGCUAGUCUAGCUGCGAUGGGCGGCACCCCAGGUAGUCUAGCAUGAGUGACACAGCUGUGCAACGGGGCAAAAUCCCAGGAGUGGCCUCAGACCAGGUCAGCUAUUUCAGUGAUUUUCAUGGUCAUUCCAUUUUUUUUUUCUUCAUUUAUUCACAGUUUAUGAAAUAGUACAUUGUUUCAUAGAAAACAAAAAAGGCUUGCACUAUAGUUUUUUGUUUUUGUUUGAUUUACAGUAAUGCACUACAAUCUUGAAGAUAUAUCAAGCUAUUUAUUACUCACCAUCUUGAAUCGCCAUGGUAACCGUUGCCUUGGGAAUGAAAAAUGCAAUCAUCAUUCUGCUCAUCAGCCGUUUUUGUUUUAUCCUUUUGCAUUUUUCUUUAACUUGAAAGAAUAAAGUUUUUACCAUAUAUAGUUAUAUAAAUAUAUGAAUAUAUAUUAUAUGUGAAAAAAUGAUUUUGUUUUGAAUAUUUAUUACUGUGAACAUUGUAUUUACAUUUUGUUACAACUUCAUUUAUGGGACAAAGGUAUAUAGUUCAAUGUAUCAAGGACCAUCGGUUUGAAACAGAAGGCCGAACUUUUUGAUGGACUGUUCCAUUAUUUAACUUGAUUCUUUUGUAAGAGGGGUAAAUAAAGGGUGUUUGAUUUAA